CGGCUUCUAUUUUAUUCAUUCUUUGUUUCCUUUAGUCCAAAUGCAGACUCUCUCUCUACUAUUAUAUAACUAGCUAACCCCAGCACUUCUUUUCCUCCAUCACUGACUUUUGAGUUUUGAGAGAUAGAGAAAGCUAAAAGAGAGAAAAAGAAAGAGAAAGAGAGAAGAACAAUGAUCAAGUUGAGGUCAAAGAGGUUUAGCAGAAGCAGUUCUAAGCUGAAUAAUGGUGCGAGUAGCAUUAAAGGAGGAGCUGAGAAAGUGUCUGGAGGCAUUAGUACUGAAAUCAAAUGGGAACUUCGACCUGGUGGCAUGCUUGUUCAAAAGAGAGACAAUGGUGGAAGUAGUGAGGGAGAGGGGAUGAUCACAAUUAGAGUCUCAACUGUCUCUAAAUGGCAUGACAUUUCUAUUGAAGCCACUUCUACUUUUGGAGAAUUGAAGAUGAUAUUGUCAUUGGUAACUAGUUUGGAGCCAAGAGAGCAAAGGGUAUUGUUCAAGGGGAAAGAGAGAGAGGAUGAUGAAUACUUACACAUGGUUGGUGUUAGAGACAAGGACAAGGUGCUAUUGCUAGAAGAUCCAGCCACCAAAGAGAGGAAACUCUAUGGCUUGGCUGGAACAAAACCCAUUGGGACUCCUUGUUGUACUAUUAGUGUAUGACACUAAUUAAUUAUAAACUUCUUGUUAAUUAUUACUAACCACCAAAAAUGUUAAAAUUUGGUGAUGGGUUAUCCUUCUUCACUAGACUAGACUAGGGACUUAUUGUAUUAUUUUUGUGUCGGUUUGGGCAGUUUUAAAAUAUGUAAGCUGAUGCACGUCCUGUGUCAAAUUGCAAAUACU